CGCGGGCCCGUCCGCGCCAGUGCCCAGCCCGCGCCCCGCGCCCCCCGCCCGCCGCCAUGAACUCGCUCUUCAGGAAGAGAAACAAAGGCAAAUACAGCCCCACCGUGCAGACCCGCAGCAUCUCUAACAAGGAACUGUCGGAGCUGAUCGAGCAGCUGCAGAAGAAUGCCGACCAGGUGGAGAAGAACAUCGUGGACACGGAGGCCAAGAUGCAGAGUGACCUGGCCCGGCUGCAGGAGGGCCGGCAGCCCGAGCACCGGGACGUGGCCCUGCAGCGGGUGUCGGACUCGGAGAAGCUGCUGUACGUGCUGGAGGCGGACUCGGCCAUCGCCAAGCACAUGAAGCACCCCCAGGGGGACAUGAUCGCUGAAGACAUCCGUCAGCUGAAGGAGCGUGUGGCCAACCUCCGCGGGAAGCACAAGCAGGUCUACAACCUGGCGGUGAAGGAGGUGGACCCGCAGGUCAACUGGGCGGCGCUGGUGGAGGAGAAGCUGGACAAGCUGAGCAGUCAGGGCUUCGGGACGGAAUUGCCGCUGGUCGACCAGCAGGUGGAGCAACACAACAUCUUCCACAACGAGGUCAAGGCCAUCGGGCCCCACCUGGCCAAGGACGGGGGCAAGGAGCUGAACAGCGAACUCCAGGCCAAGUACCAGAAACUGCUGGCGGAGUCGCAGGCACGGCAGCGGCACCUGAGCUCGCUGCAGGACUACAUGCAGCGCUGCACCAACGAGCUGUACUGGCUGGACCAGCAGGCCAAGGGCCGCAUGCAGUAUGACUGGAGUGACCGCAACCUCGACUACCCCAGCCGCCGCCGCCAAUACGAGAAUUUCAUCAACCGGAACCUGGAGGCCAAGGAGGAGAGAAUCAACAAGCUGCACAGCGAGGGUGACCAGCUGCUGGCCGCCGACCACCCCGGGCGGAACUCCAUCGAGGCGCACAUGGAGGCCGUGCACGCGGACUGGAAGGAGUACCUGAACCUGCUCAUCUGCGAGGAGAGCCACCUCAAGUUCAUGGAGGACUUCCACCAGUUCCACCAAGACCUGAAGGACGCCCAGGAGCUUCUGCGCAAGGUGGACUCGGACCUGAACCAGAAGUACAGCCCCGACUUCAAGGACCGCUACCAGAUCGAGCUGCUGCUACGGGAGCUGGACGACCAGGAGAAGGCGCUGGACAAGUACGAGCAGGUGGUGCGGGGGCUGCAGCAGCGAGGGCAGCAGGUAGUGCCCCUCAAGUACCGCCGGGAGACGCCACUCAAGCCCAUCCCCGUGGAGGCCCUCUGUGACUUUGAGGGGGACCAGGGCCCCAUCUUGAGGGGCUACAGCUACACCCUGCAGAAGAACCACGGGGAGAGCUGGGACCUCACCGACAGUGCCGGGAACAAGCUGACCGCCCCGGCCGUCUGCUUCAUGAUCCCUCCCACUGACCCAGAGGCCCUGGCUCUGGCCGACAGCCUGGGCAGCCAGUACCGGAGUGUGCGGCAGAAGGCGGCCGGGAGCAGGAGUGCACUCCAGCAGCGACAUGAGGUGCUGAGGACAGAGAACCCUGGAGAUGCCUCUGACCUUCAGGGGCGACAGCUGCUGGCCAGCCUGGACAAGGUGGCCAGCGACCUGGACCGGCAGGAGAAGGCCAUCACGGAGGUGCUGCGGCCCCCGCUGGAGCAGGGCCGGGCGAUGCAGGACAGCGCCGAGCGAGCCAAGGCCCUCACGCUCAUCUCGAGCGAGCUGCUGCAGAUUGAGCCCGAGAAGACACGCAGCACCGCGGAGUGCGAGGCCUUCGCGCGGGCGCUCCCGGGCAGUGGCAGCACGCCCCUGCUGAGGACCCGGGUGGACGACACCCACCGCAGAUACGAGCGCCUGCUGCAGCUGCUGGACUCGGCCCGGGAGAAGGUGGACACCGCCCACCGCCUGGAGGAGAGCCUGCAGCAGGGCCGGGAGGUGCUGGCCACCUACGAGAACCAGCUGGCCCAGGAGGACACCGUGCCCGAGAGCGGCCACGCCCUGGACAGCAAGAGGCAGGGGCUGGCGGCCAUGGCCUCCGAGCUGCAGGCUCAGAAGGCCCUCGUGGGCGAGGUGGAGAAGAACCUGCAGGCGGCCAAGCAGUGCUGCGGCCUGCUGGCCAGCCGCUUCCAGGAGCACUGCCCCGACCUGGAGCGCCAGGAGGCCGAGGUGCACAAGCUGGGCCAGCGCUUCGACAACCUGAGCCAGCAGGUGGAGUGCAGGGCCCGGAGCCUGCAGAGCGCGCAGGCCGCUUACGACGAGUACCGGCAGGGCUGCGACCAGGUGCUCCGGUUCCUGUCCAGCGUCCCCAGCUAUGAGCCGCAGGAGACAGACAGCCUCAGCCAGAUGGAGACCAAGCUGAGGAAUCAGAAGAACCUGCUAGAUGAAAUAGCGAGAAGGGAACAGGAAGUACAGAGAGUUUACACCGCCUCCCAGCAGUACCAGCAAGCUGUCAAGGACUACGAGUUAGAAGCUGAGAAACUGAGGUCUCUCCUCGACCUGGAGAAUGGAAGGAACAGCCACGUGAGCAAGAGAGCCAGGCUGCAGUCCCCUGCUGCCAAGGUGAAGGAGGAGGAAGUGGCGCUUGCUGCCAAGUUCACCGAAGUCAAUGCCAUCAACAGACAGAGGCUGCAGAAUCUGGAGUUUGCUCUGAAUCUCCUGAGACAGCAGCCGGAGGUGGGCAUGACCCACGAGGCUCUGCAGGGGAGCCGGCCUGGGGGCGCCAUGGGGGAGACCUGGAGGAUCCAGAAGGAGCUGGACGAGGAGACCGAACGGAGGCAGCAGCUGGAGAAUGAGGUCAAGAGUGCCCGGGAGGAGAUCCGGGUUCUGCAGAACCAGAGCCCGCAGGAAUCAGUGGUGCGGAAGGAGGUGCUGAAGAAGGUUCCGGACCCCGAGCUGGAGGAGAGCUUCCAGCAGACACAGCGCAGUCUGGCGGAGGAGCAGCACAAGAACCAGCUGCUGAGGGAGGAGCUGGAGGCGCUGCAGCGGCGACUGCGCACCCUGGAGCAGGAGACCGGGGACGGGGGCCAGGAGUACGUGGUCAAGGAGGUCCUGCGCAUCGAGCCCGACAGGGCCCAGGCGGACGAGGUCCUGAAGCUGCGGGAGGAGCUGGAAGAGCUGAGGAGGCAGAAGGGCACCAGGGAGGCAGAGGCCGCCCUCCUGCAGCAGCGCAUUGCGGCCCUGGCCCAGGAGAAGGGCCAGGCGCAGGAGAAGGUCAUGGAGAAGGAGGUGGUGAGGCUGCAGAACGACCCCCAGCUGGAGGCUGAGUACCGGCAGCUGCAGGAGGCCCAGCAGCGGGAGGGCAGGCUCAGGGAGAGGCACGAGGAGGAGCUGAGCUUCCUGCAGGACAAGCUGAAGAGGCUGGAGAAGGAGCGGGCCAUGGCUGAGAGCAAGAUCACCGUCAAGGAGGUGCUCAAGGUGGAGAGGGACCCAGCCACCGAGAGGGAGGUCGGCGACCUGCAGCGCCAGUACGAGGACGAGGCCGCCACGGCGCGCACCCACCAGAGGGAGAAGACCGAGCUGCUCCGCAAGAUCUGGGCCCUGGAGGAGGAAAACGCCAAGGUGGUGGUGCAGGAGAAGGUGCGGGAGAUCGUCCGGCCCGACCCCAAGGCCGAGAGUGAGGUGGCCAACCUCCGCCUGGAGCUGGUGGAGCAGGAGCGCAAGUUCCGCGGCGCCGAGGAGCAGCUCAAGAGCUACCAGAGCGAGCUGGAGGCGCUCAGGAGGCGGGGCCCCCAAGUGGAAGUCAAGGAGGUGACCAAGGAAGUCAUCAAGUACAAGACCGACCCCGAGAUGGAGAAGGAGCUGCAGCGGCUCAGGGAGGAGAUCGUGGACAAGACCAGGCUCAUCGAGAGGUGUGACCUAGAAAUCUACCAGCUCAAGCAGGAGAUCCAGUCCCUGAAGGACACCAAGCCCCAGGUGCAGACCAAGGAGGUGGUCCAGGAGAUCCUCCAGUUCCGGGAAGACCCCCAAACCAAAGAGGAAGUGGAGUCCCUGAGGGCCAGGCUGUCGGAGGAACAGAAGAAGCAGGUAGACCUGGAGCGGGAGAGAGCCUCCCAGGAGGCGAAGAUCAGAGAGAAGGAGGCGGAGCUCUCCCAGGUGAAGGAAAAGGUGGUCCAGCAGGAGGUGGUCAAGUACGAGGAGGAGCCGGGCCUGCGCGCCGAGGUGGACGCCUUCACAGAGAGCAUCGACGUGGAGCUCCGGCAGAUCGACAUGCUGCGUGGGGAGCUGCGGCGGCUGCAGCGCCGGCGGGCCGAGCUGGAGCGGCAGCUGGAGGAGCUGGAGCGCGAGCGCCAAGCGCGCCGGGAGGCCGAGCUGGAGGUGCAGCACCUGAAGCAGCGGCUGGCCGACCUGGAGAAGGAGGAGGGGGAGGCCCGGGAGAAGGUGACCCUCAAGCAGAAGGUGGUGCUGCAGCAGGACCCCCAGCAGGCCCGGGAGCACGGCCUGCUCAAGCUGCAGCUGGAGGAGGAGCGGCACCGGCGGCAGGUGCUGGAGCGCGAGCUCGAGACCCUGCGCACUCAGCUGAGCCGCCUGGAGAAGAUGGAGGUCAAGGAGAAGGUGGUCUUCUCCGAAAGUGUGCAAGUGGAGAAAGGCGACACCGAGCAAGAGAUCCGGAAGCUCAAGAGCAGCCUGGAGGAGGAGAGCCGGAGCAAGCGCGAGCUGGACGCAGAGGUGAGCCGGCUGGAGGCCAAGCUGUCGGAGCUGGAAUUCUCCAACUCCAAGUCAUCCAAGGAGCUGGACUUUCUGCGGGAGGAAAACCACAAGCUCCAGCUGGAGCGGCAGAACCUGCAGCUCGAGACCCGAAGGCUCCAGUCGGAAAUUGAGCUGGCGUCGACAGAAACCCGGGACCUGAGGAACAUGACAGCAGCGGACUCCGGGGCCAACCUCGACUCCAGACUGUGGUCCCUGGAGAGGGAGCUGGACGACCUCAAGCGCCUCUCCCGGGACAAAGACCUGGAGAUCGACGAGCUGCAGAAGCGUCUGGGCUCCGUGGCGGUCAAGCGGGAGCAGCGGGAGAACCACCUGCGGCGCUCCAUCGUGGUCAUCGACCCUGACACGGGCCGGGAGCUGUCUCCUGAGGAGGCCCACCGGGCCGGGCUCAUCGACUGGAACAUGUUUGUGAAGCUCAGGAGCCAGGAGUGCGACUGGGAGGAGAUCUCGGUGAAGGGGCCCAAUGGGGAGUCAUCCGUGAUCCACGACAGGAAGUCCGGCAAGAAGUUCUCCAUCGAGGAGGCCCUGCAGAGCGGGAGGCUGACCCCUGCGCAGUACGACCGCUAUGUCAACAAGGACAUGUCCAUUCAGGAGCUGGCCGUCCUGGUGUCCGGCCAGAAGUAGCACUACCUUUUCACCCCAUCUUCCUGGCAGCAGACGGCCGGCUCGCUCCUACCCGAUCACCUCCUGGGUGUCUUCCUCCCCGGCCUACACAGGUGCCUGACCCCAGCUCGUCCUCCCUGCCCGGUCAGGUCACUUGGAGCGUGGCUCACCCAUAGGCAGGAUGGGCACUGGCCGAACGGGUGACUGUCCUGUCAUCCAACCCGGGGAGCGACCCAUCUCAUCCUCCACAACCCGACAACUGCCACACCAUUCUUCUGCCCUUGGGCUACGCACUCCCGUCUGCACACUCCUGGUGGCAAUCUGGAAACUAAAGCACAAGACGACCGAGGCAGCCAAGCACCGGCCUUCACAUGCCGGAUGGGACUCUCGAGGGCCAAACAGCCUCCCCUCCACACACCUUUCUGUUCAUUGACGCCGGGGCCUGGGUCCUGGGGGCCACCCACCUGCACUCACCCUCCCAGAUGCCAUUGGCCAAGCACCCACUUCCCAAGCACCCACUUCUCGCGGGCCUCCUCGUGAGACAGAUCUGGGCCAUGCGCCAGAAAGGCGCGGUGCACCCAGAACAGCCUCCGCCCAGGCUCGUGCGGGUGGACCGUCCAGGCUGUCCCAGGACGGGGCGCCUUCCAAGAACGUCAAGUCCCGAGAUUACAGUAUUUGCAUAGUGGACUACGCUGCUGUUCGCCUUCCUUUCAGUGCCUUACAAGUCUUGCUGUUCUCGCAUUGGUAUUUAGGUAAACUAAACUGGAUUUCUCACCAAACCAAUUUGGGGUUCUCUGUAUCUCAUGUAUUAUGCAAGAAAAUGGGAAGGAAUAGGGAACUCUAUUUAUAGCACGAAAAUAAAACCCUGGUGGCUUGAUUCUAAUUUCAUGCUAAGUGUG